UUUAUCCAGGAAACAAAAUGACUGUGUGGGUUUUAAACUAUGCAUAAACCUGUGCAACUGUACAAAGUCUAACGUGGACUGUGGUGAUAUCAACACAUUUGCAUUGUCAUCUAUGAGCUGCCACUAAAAAGUGUUUUAAAAGUCAGUAGUGGGCGGUCUGCUGCUAUAUUGGAUAAUAACGGCAGAGGCGGUCAAACCCAAUUUUAAUGAAAAAGCCAGAAAUGGAGAUUUCCUUCACGGUGAAUCAUCAAUAUAAAUAAAUAAAUACAUUUACGUCAGCGAGCGAGCGAGAAAAUAGCAGCAGUUUAUUUUCGUACAUGAGAUCUGGGAGCCUAUUUAAUCUUUGGCUUUGAGUGGGGGAAAAUAGGUCUGACUAUUUGACACUUUCCAACUGGGAAUCAUCAACCUCAGAAGACCCACGACAACCAGUAAAUGCCAUGAUUCAUAAGGCUAUAUACAGUAUAUGGUCUUAUUUUUAACAUUUUUUAAGUGCUAUACUUCAUAGAAGGGUGAAGGUAAAUGCUGCAUUGCAAUUCUUAAUUCUUCAAAUUUAAGUCUAUUUUAUUAGUAUUCCUAACAGUAUAUUAAUAAAUGGACUUUUAUUCCUCCGCAUCAAGAAAAAGCCAGAUGAGGUGCCUCGGCCAUCUGGUUAGAAUGCCCCCUUGAACGCCUCCCUGGCGAAGUGUUACGGGCACAUCCCACUGGGAGGAGGCCCUGGAGACCACCCAGGACACCCUGGAGAGACUAUGUCUCCUUAUUUGGCCUGGUAACGUCUCUGAAUCCCCGGAAGAUCUGGACGAAGUGGCUCGGGAGAGGGAAGUCUGGGCUUCCCUGCUUUAAGCCACUCCCCGUGCGACCCAACCCCCAGAAAAGCGGAGGAUAUACAGUUGGAUGGUGACUCAGUGUGUGUCAGCACUGGGCUGCGGACUCCAUUACGAAUACGCCAUCGAGGAGUUCUGUUUGGCCAAAUUUCGACUAGACAUGCAAGAGCUCGACCAGGGAGACUGGUGCAGCUGGGAGGACACUGUCGAACUGUACGGCGAGCUGACAAACUGCACAUACCUGGUGGCGCUCAAGAUGGACUGCUUCUGGCCCAACCUGCUGGUGGACGACUUCUUCAUCCGCGUGCACAAGACGUACUUCCACAACUGCUCGCUGUCAGGGCGUCUGCUCAGGGACCCCCCCAACCGGAUCCUGGGCCCCUUCAUCGUGAUGCCUAUCCUGGUCACCCUGCUCAUGACGGCUCUGGUGGUGUGGAGGAGCAAGCGCAGCGAGGGCAUCAUGUAGUGGAGGAAAAGGAAGUUGAGAUUCUGUGGAACUGCUAAUACAAGGUCUCAUCUUUUCUUUAAAGUGAACGGACGUAGACCUGACAUAACCUUGGGCAUUAAAAACUCUUCUGUGAAUGAUGGAUGGAACCUCGUGACUACAACAAUCUAGCAGCUAUUUCUAUGACCUUGAAAACACUUGUACAGCAGACAGUAACACCGGACUGAAGCGGCACGGAACUUUCUAGGAUUCAAUUUUUCCCAACCUUUAUUGAGUCAGGGCACAUAUUUUACUUUAAAAAAAAAAAAAAAAAAAACUCUUUUAACCAAAAACAAAAGAUAUACAAAAAGUAUCUCGUCACAAUUUACUCACAAACUGACUCACUCAGUGUGAACUCUGGGCAUGUUUCAUUGAACACAACGCUAUUAUUCUUAUCUGAAUGCCAACAGGUGGGCACACAGGUUAGUUGUACCUUCUGCCAUCUAAUUGAGGAGAAUUUAACUGUUCUGCCUGCCACUGUCACUAUGUCACUGGCAUAGAUAGAUGAACAAAGAUACAUUAUUUUUAGUAAAUAAAAAGUAAAAUUGGAUCUUUUCCCGCAACACACUUGAUGAUCUCGCACAGCACAGUGGUUGGGAAUCACUGUUCCAGAUGAAAGCUGUAAAGGACAUUUACAACAUUGUUCAGGGCAAUUACAGUUAAUAAUUGUCUCACUUCAGAUACAUUUUCAGCACCAUGCAAUGAACAGAUACAAUGUGUUUUCUGUUGGGAUAUGAGCCCUGACACCCCUAUGGAUUAAGCGGGGUAUGCACAUACUGAUAAUCUGGCCGAAUUGGACCAUUUUUCACUCCCUUCCGAUCAAAGUCAGCGAAGGCCCAGUUGUCGGAUGUCACUACAAGAUUAUCCUGAUAAUGAGGAUGAUUAUCAUAUAUAUAUAUAUAUAUAUGAUGAUGGUGAUUCUUUCGUGUUGAUGGGUGUGUUAAGAGGGAUUUUUUUUCCUCCCCAGUCUGCUCAGAAAAUAAAAACAAAUGUUUGACUUGUCACUCGAGAGCUGCUGUUUACAUAUGACGACCCUCCCACCAUGGAGUCACUGUCACAUUUAUCUGUCGCUAAUUGACGGCCACCUUGGGGUGCUACAAUCUUGCACCCCACUUUGGUCCUAUCUAUUGCAUUAAGUGGGGAGCUACUGUGCAUGUCAAACAUUUAAGAAGAGUCAGUGCUUCGCGGAUUUUUCCAAAUUAUUCAUCAACAAAAAAAAAAAAAAUUCAUUCAAAAAUAAAAAUGAAAAAAUACAGCCAUAUCAGCAGCCAUAUUGCGGAAAGACGCAUUGUUUCAUGUUGAUGUACGAGAGAGAAGGUUUCCCUGCAUGCCAAACAAAGAGAUGAGUUGACUCAGAGGCUUUGUUCAUGCCGCGGCCACUCAUACAAGGUGCGUGAUUGGCUCCCGGCGCGACAUCGACCAAUGAGAGCACAAGUGGAUUUAGCCCGUGAGCUGAUUGAGCUGAAGAAAAAACAAAGACAACAACUACCCAUCACCAUGUUUUUCUCCAAGGUAAAACCCCAGCUACACCAUCAGCGCCUCCAGCAGAAGAGUCUCAGAGUGAACCUAAAGCCUCUACGAGUCAAGUGAGAGCCUCUCCUCCGCCACCAACGCAAACCUCUUCGCCUCUCUCAGAAGACAAUGUUGAUGAAUGUUAAUUACUGGAAAGGUUUUAUAAUUAAAGAUU